UAACACUAGCUAAUAAAUGUUGUCGUGCUCCGUAACGGCUCCAUGUUUCGGUUUUUAACAGGUUAUUCUGAGGUUAUGACAUCUGUAGUUCACGAUGAAGAUGUAAAUCAGUUCAUUUCAAUCUAUGCUGUUGACGUGUGUGGUGCAGAUCCAUGUCCGGUAGAGAUGACCUCGUGUUUUUAGCUUUUAAACCGUAUUAAUAAGUGAUAAUUAUAAUUAAAUUGGUAUUUUCUCUUUUCUACUAACAACCCAAAUAGGCAGUAUACCAGUGAUACACUGGUGAAAUGUAAAAUAAAACUGUUUUCGCUUUAUUUUGUUUUCUUGUAAUAGAUUAAAACGGCCUGAUCUGUUUUUUUCCAGGCUUUCUGAGGGUCUUUCUAAAAUUUUAUUUGGCUUUUCAUACUAUUAGUUUAGUAUCUGAUCAUUUUGGGAUAAGUAUUUUCUUGUAUUUGUUGUUGUUGCUUAAAUGAGAUUCCAAACUCUUCAGCUUCAGACACAUUAAAGACAUGUUACCCCAGAAAUAUCUGAUUUGACAUCCUUUAAAAGCUAAUUAAUUCAAGGCAUAAAGAAAACUGCAGCUCAUAUUCACUUAUAUCCUUUUAUAAUAAUUUAGUAGAGUUUUUGUAACAAUCGUGUUAGAAGUGUAGCUUCAGCAGUUGUUUUUCAGUUUUAUUUUGAUUUCUGGAAAUCUUCUCAAGGCUCCCUGUUUAUUCAUUAAAUAUUCAUAGAUCAGGUAUCGGUUUUCCCUCCUAAGUGCACAAAAAUAAUAUUAUUUUACACAUAAAGGUUUGAUCCAAUAAUAAUUAUCAGGUCACAGAUGUUUAUGAACAAAUAUUUCAUCAAUUUAAUCAAUUUCCCUCUGGGAUUAAUAAAGUAUUUUUGAAUUGAAUUGAAUUGAAUUUAGUUUUUUUCCAGUGUUGCACAAACCAAAUGCAUCCUGUUACACAGUUCUAGCAGUUAUUUAAAGUAGACAUUUAUUUCUAUAAUCUGUAUCAAAACCCGUUUUCUUCUUGUAUGUUUUCCUAAAGCACUGUCCAAGUAUUGAUUUCCAUCUUCUCUGAGUAAUCAAAACUAAUUUGACAGAUCAGGUCAGCAGGAAGUUCUUCCUGUUGUGGAUCAGCUGCUGGUUUCCUAUUGGACGGUUUCUAACUGGGAGGGUUUUUCCAGAAGCCAGCUCUCAGACAGGAAGGGGGUGGCUGGAAAUGUUUUAGUCACAGCUUGGCAGACGGUCUGUUUUUACUAUUUGGAAGAGAACGUUUUCAGUCUCCAGAUCCAUGGCCCAGAAAGAUGGGUCAGCAACAGAAGUGCCUUUGAGACAACAACUCCAUUCUGAAUUUUCUUUCUGAAGACAUUCUCAGGCGGUUACAAAGCAUACCUCAUCUGCAAACUGUCUGGUUUCAGUUUUCUCAUCCAACACCUGAACGACUGCUGAAUUUGAGCCAUAUGAGCUGAAGACAAACGCCCUGAGAAUGUUUCACUAAAGUGGAAAGUUUGUUUUUGACUUGUUUGAUCUCUGCGGAAACCUUGAGUUCAGGGACACGCACAAGCUCGGACUUGUUCCAACGACAAACACACCUACUGUUGAUUAUCUGAUGGAAGAUUUGUCAGUGAUAAAACAACAUUCUGCGCUAGCUGAUGGAGGAACCAAGUGGCUUCUAAAGUGAUCACCCCUCCGUUUCCAGCAGAAUUUUUGAUUAAACUGUUAAAACUUUUUGGUGUAGGCCUUUUAAACGUUUAACCUUCAUAGUGUGCUGAAAACCUCUCGGACAUGGCAAUGAACAUGUCUUCGGUUAGAGACACGAAGUGGCUGACUUUGGAAGUGUGUCGCCAGUUUCAGCGGGGAAACUGUUCACGUAGCAAUGAGGAAUGCAAGUUUGCACACCCGCCCAAAAGCUGCCAAGUUGAAAAUGGAAGAGUCAUCGCCUGCUUUGACUCCUUGAAGGGCAGAUGCUCCAGAGAGAACUGCAAGUAUCUCCAUCCACCAUCUCACCUAAAAACUCAGUUGGAGAUAAAUGGCCGCAACAAUCUGAUCCAGCAGAAGACAGCAGCAGCUGUGCUCGCCCAGCAGAUGCAACUCAUGAUUCCUGGACACAGUCUGCAGCCUAUGGUGAGAGUCUCAAAUCUAUUCAGGAUGGAAUUUCCUUUGUUUUGUUACAAUGUUUGUCUCAGGCUUAAGUCAACAUCUCUUGCUACACAGGGGCUUGGUGCUAAUACUGGUCUGGCUUAUGGGUCAUACAUCACACCUUUGAGCCAUGGGAUGAGCCUCAUUCCCUCAGACAUCCUCUCCAACACCCCAGUUCUUGUUCCUGGCAGUCCAGCUGUCACAGUUCAGUGCACGUCCUCUUCUUCCUCCUCGUCUUCAAAUUCUCCCUCCCAGAAGCUGCAGCGUCCAGACAAAUUAGAGGUGUGCCGUGAGUUUCAGCGGGGGAACUGUGCACGAGGGGAGACAGAUUGCCGCUUUGCUCACCCCAUUGACAGCCCGAUGAUUGACAGCACUGAUAACACAGUCACUGUUUGCAUGGACUACAUCAAGAGCCGGUGCUCCAGGGAGAAGUGCAAGUAUUUUCACCCGCCUGCACACUUGCAGGCCAAACUCAAAUCCAGUCAGCAGCAAGUCUGUCAAACGGCAGUGGCAGCCCAGGCCACAGCUGCAGCCAUGACUCAGUCGACUGCCAAAGCAAUGAAGCGACCCCUCGAGGCGACUGUAGACCUGGCAUUUCCUCACAGUGUCCUGCAACCCCUACCAAAGAGACCAGCUCUAGAGAAGAGCAGCUGGGCCAGCUCUCUCCUCAACCCCAGUUUAUUGCACUACCAACAAGCUUUGGCCAACACACAACUGCAACAGGCCACUGCAGCAUAUUAUCCCACAGGUUCUGUCCUGUGCAUGACUCCUGCUAACAGCAUUGAUCAUCCUCAAGUAACCAUCAGAAACAGAAGCCGGUGCCGUGUCGCUGCUGCCUCUGCUAACGGCCCCGAGCAGCCACUCUGUAAAUAUUCAGUAAACGUCACACACAACCUGCAACAGGCUGCAUGCUGAGAAAACAUCGCCACUGAAAAGACACGCCAGCUCAGCUUGGAGGGUUGCGUUGCAAUCACAGAAGACUGUUGUAAGUGCAUGCCUUGGCACCUGUGAUGGCGUGCGUUCUUAGUAAUAGUGGCUUCCUGAUGGAGCCCAAGAUUAAGCCAUCAUUUUACAUUCUGUACAAGAGCCUGUUGAAUAACAAAACAUAUAGCUCAACUAUAGAGGCAACAAAGUAUGUAGAUUUAAAGAAGAAAUGAUGGUGGAUCUAAUCUGAGGACAGAAAAGAUGUAAGAGGGUUAGAUGUAAAAAAAAUAAUGUCACAUUUUUGAGAUUGUCCUUCUUGUUCCUUCCUGAAUGUGUUGCGUUGUUCGCUGUUCCUCAAGAUGAGAUUUGAAUAAUGAAAUCAAAGCCAGUGGAAAGCACUUAUUUUAACUUUACUCAUCAUGUCAUGAAGCUAGUUUUUAUAGAUAUCCCUUUAAAUAGCUCAGAGCGGUCCCCAGAGAACUGGAUCAGUGCUCCACCUCUUGGUGUGCCUUUGUACUGCAGGUCCUGAUGAGAACUCCCCAGUGGUUUAAUAUUGGACGUAUUCAUAAAUAAAAUUUAAUUUUAACAAGUUAAUACAACAUUUAGACAUUUUCUGCUCAUAGAAAAAGUCACAGCAGAUGUUAAACUCACUAAAGAUGUUGUGGUCGUGUGGGCUUUAUGUUGCAGUCAGGUGUCAGUACUGUAUUAUUUGAAUGUUACAAGUGCCUACAUGCAAAUAUGUACAUGCAAAUGAAGCAGAUCUAAAAGAAUUAGUGUAAAAUCGGUUCAUUUUUAAUGUGCUAAAGCAGACAUCAAAGAUAAAUGUCUUUUUUUUUUUUUUUUUUUGCAAGGCCAUGGCAGUGCAUUAGUAACGUUUGAGAAUCUGAUCAGAUUUUAGUCUUAAAGGAGACAUAACAUGCUUUUAAGUUAUUCCUUUUUACAUCUAAAUCAUUCAGUUGGGGGUCUAAAUACAGUGGAACUGCAGUUCUUUGGUCUGAUUUCCUCAUCAUUGUUGCUCUACAGACCCUCAUCUACCCCUGUUCUGAGGAGAGUCUUGAGAACGAGCCGUUUUUGGGUACUGUCUCUUUAAACUGGAGGAGGAGCUGUAAACUCCGCCCCCCUCCAUAGUGCAGACCUGUACUCUCCUCCCCAGUCGGACUUUGUAGUUCUAUAGAGAAAUCAUUAUUUAGCAUAGCAGAUUUAGCAUAGCAUAUUAGCAUUUUUAAAACAUGUGGGGAGGGUAGUUCAUCAAGCUGUUUCAAGGCUGCUAACUCUCUCAUGCAUUUGUCUGUAGUCACACACACACACCCGUCACUGCCGACGGAGGGACCAGCUAGCAGGCACGUGCGCGCGCGCGCGCACACACACACACACACACAAGGAAUGCUGCUUGCUUAUUUAUUUCUAUAAAAAAUGUUUUAAAAAAUGAUACAGCUCAUUAAAACACCAUUAAAAGAAUACAUUUUAUUAAGAUCUCUAUCUAAAUAUAUACAUACAUAUAAUUAUAAAUAAUUUUAUAAGUGGUCUUAUUUUAUAUUGGGUGUCUUAAUGGCUGAAAAUGGAUAAAAAGCAGUUACAUUUUAAUUUAAAGAUUUGAGAUUCGAGUCAAAAAUAAAGAACAUUCCUCCAAAUGUUCUUUAAUGUGAUCAUUAUAAUUCUAAUGCUUACAACUUUGUUUUUAUUGUCUGCAAUGCGUAGCCUAUAUCUUUAUUAAAUGUGUUUAGCUGAAAAGUGGUAAUUCUCUCUAAUGUGUACAGAGAGGUGGACAUCAGUGCUGCAGUGAAAUUCCCAGGAUCAGUCUGCUUUGCUAACAAAUAUAGUUAAAUCUUACCUGCAUUCUAAAUAAAUACCGUUAGGUGAAAACAUCAGUAGGCAUUGAGUUAUUGAUACAAUCCCUAACAGCCAGAAUGGAAGAAGUGCAUGCUGGGUCAUCCUGGAUCUGAGCCUGUUCUGUGUAUUUACCUACAGGAUGCAAUAAAUGUCUACAAGGCUGAGUUUGGACCAUUACAUCUAAAAGAAAACAUACAAUCAGUGAUUUUUUUAAAUUGUUUACAUUAAUAUACAAAUGUUCUAAGUAUUAACCUCACAGCAAAUAAGUAGAACUAUAUAAUAAACAGGCUUUAGUAGUUAAACAGGCGUUGUGCACACAGGUGCUUUGUGUCUCGGUGCUGGUGGUGUCUAGGUCUCAGAGUUCCUGUCCUCCUGCCGUCUUCUGUUGUCCUCAGGAUACGGAUUGAUGUUUCCUGAUGAUGAGGGAGGGGCAGUAUGUGGGCUUCAAACUGGUCCUGGAUAACAGUGGGAGACCUCCGUUGUCUGAAUACUGAGACCAGAGGGUUGGUGAGAUGCAGAUCUUCUCUACCUCAUCUAGAAACGGAGUUGGUUCAGGGAAAACUUUUCCAAAGACCAGUUCCAUGAUGUCAUCGCCAUAUUCUGCAAUGAUAGACGAUAACUUUAAUGACAUAUUUUGUUUACAAGCAGCUUUAGGAAAGUUGUUUCUUUAGCUUUCAUGUUUAUAGUCACGUUUGUGUUUGUUCACAAGUUCACUUUGCUGCAGUGACUUCAUAUUCUUACAAAUGUAAUAAAAUAGUGACACUAAAAUUAUACAAAUGAUUCCUUAUGAAAGGAAGCUCAUUAGAGAGCAGCGCAGACAGACUUACUACAUGCUGCAGCUGUUUUUACAGGCCAGCUGCUGCUGAAUUUGGGGAAAGUUAUUCUGCACACAUCCAGAUCAGAUGGUCGAUUACAGAAAAUAAUGUAAUUCAAUAAUUUCUAAACAGAUUAAACAAGUAAAACAUCAAAUAAAUCACUCUGCUGUCAUCAGACGGAGUGAUUCAGGGGGUGAGGUGUUCUUAAUGAUGAGGGUGGCUGAGGUGUGUCAUCACUCACUUUGGUCUGGUCCAGACCGUCUCUUUACUGGUGGGUCUCCUUCCUCAGUAGGUGACGUGAAAUGCCAACAUCUGAACGUUCUGUGUUCCUUAGAGGAGAAGAAAAGUAACAUUAGCAAGCUGGCUAAAUUAUUUUUUACUAGCAUCUCGGAGAAGCAGAUCUUCACUUACCUAAACAUCAGACCAGUUUGUCCCAGCUGAGCUCAUCAGGGCUUUAGUCUGACAGCCUGUCAGUGAAACACGGCUCCAGUCUUCUGGAUGUUGACUCUAAAAAGCAAAGGAGCAUUUUUACUUUUGUUUUACAGCCGAUUUUAUCAGCUUUCCGACGCUCACGCUCAUACAGACGGUGAGCUUUGCUGCGUCUGACUGAUAAAGUUAGUUUUUAUAUCUGCAGUGAGACAAAAAACUAACCUCACUCCACUCAGAGAUUGUUCUUUAAAACUAUUAAAUCCACUGUGUUGACGCACUUUAAUGACUUUGUCACGCUGCAUUUUAGCUGAUAUGGGACUUUAUUUACUGGAUGCUAAGAUUACAUCACACUCACGUAGAAUAACACACAGGCUCUCUGCUUCUACAAUCAGUGGGAGGUUAUCAUCUGGUGUAAAAGAAGGCGUUGAUCAGAAAUCACGUUUUAUUCCACGAAAAUCAGCAAAAUCCACAUUGAUCUGGGUGCUAACUUUACUAGCGAUAGCGAUAGCAAGCCGGAUGCUAACGCUUUAGUGCUGCUAAUGCCCGUAAAUCUAAAGUAAAGUUUGUCGACAUUUUAGAGUGAUAUGAAGCUUACCGCUCUGCUGCUGUGUCCCGGUGCUGCCACAUUCAGAUGCAAAUGACUCCUUUUAGAUAGAUGAAGCCCUCAGUACUUACUAGCCUGGAGACAGGAACGAACGAACCACGCGCGCGCGCGCGCACACACACACACACACACACAAACACAAACACACUACUUUUUCUUCUGUGUUUUUUUAGCAGUAGUGUCAUCAGCUCCUGGGUUUAAAUACUGCCACACCACCCUUCCUUAAAACGAGGAACAGUUUUGAGCUGUGUGUGGCUAAAAUAACCAGACAUUCUGCAUUUUUCCAAUAGGACUACAAAAAAUCUUAGCGAGAAGAAAAAAUGGCGGAUUGGCUCUGUGUUUAGCCGAGGGCCAUUACCAUAUUUGGUAGUUAUCCUGACUAAAUUAAUUACUGACGUAAUGGAUAAUGUAAAAACUGAACGGGUGGACAAAUAUGCCCAAAACUUAAUUAUUAAAUAUCUAAAUAGCAACUCCAGUGAAUAAUAUAAGCCUUUUUGCUCACUUAGACACUUAAAAUGUGAAACACACUGUGUUAAUGGAUAAAAAAGUGGGUUUUUCAUGUUAUGUCUCCUUUAAAAUGAUAAUUUCUCUGUGGUGUGGAAAUGUGUGUGUGUGUUAUCUUAAGAGCUAAAAACCAGUUUAACCUGUUUUUAUUUCACUUAGUACCGGUAGAUAAGAACGUUGGUGUGUACAAACCUUUACUUCAAUGUUAUCUUUUAAAGAUUUAGCAUUUGUUCACUUUUUUUCCUGUAGUUUGCUUUUAACGCGUCAUCAGUAGAUACUAUUAUGACUACACUUGCUUAUUUUAUUAGCUAAGGACACUUUUAAAUGUAUUAUCUUACAUUUUGAGAUGAAUGUAAUUUAUUAAACUGACUUUAGAUUGGAUAAGUACAUUUCAAAUACCUUUAUCUGUUGUUUUAGCCUCUGAAAAGCUGUUUUUGUGUCCAGGGAUUAAAGGUUGAGGAAGCUGAAAGCAUCCCAGACCUGCUUCUGACUCGUUACGUGUCAGGGAUCAUGAACUGUUGCAGAAACAGGAACACAGAAUGGCUUGUGCAGCAGUGCAUUGCACAAAUUGUAUAACCAUGUGAUGCUAAAACAGUUUGUCAUUGAUUAUUAAUUAUUAUUUGUAUAGCACUUUUCUUAAGAAUGUUACAAAGUGCUUUAUGAGAGGAUAAGUGAGUUAGUUCAGAUGGUUUAUUAAAAGUAUGACAAAAAAGUAACAUUUAAAGUUGCUGCAGAAAGAAAUCUAAAGUUCCUGUUAUAGAAUAUUUUCCUGACUUGUUUAAAAUGUCCUGCAAUUUGCAAACCGAGAUUCUCAAACUGAAUUAAUUUUUGCAUCCGAAUGGGACAAGUAACUAAAACAACCUUCCGCUUUCUAUUUUAAUUAUUAACAUAAAACUGAAAGUUCACUCUGUUCAGUAAAAUAUGACACGGCAAUGCUCAUUUCAAGUCUGUUGAGGGAUGAAUUUAUAAUCCAGCAGCUGUUUAAAGGUGAUUACUUUAAAUUUCAGCUGGUUUUUAUUUUACAUGCGCAUGCUUAAGGUAAAAUUCUGAAUGUUUUACUAUCUUAAUGGUAAAACAAAAUGGUUCAUAUUUCACUAAAAAUGUAAUAAGAUUGUUUUGUAAAACUCACUGAGUGUCUGCACUUCUCCAACAGUCAGACGACUAAAAGGAAAAGACUUCUUAAACUCUGCCUUAUCUUUUGGUCAGUUAUAAAUUCCACCUUGUUUCAUAAAAAUUCAUUUUUCCUGAAUAUUUUAGAUAAAUUUUAACUAAGUUUGCGAAGAUGAUUGUAUAACAAACACAAAUAAUAUGCCGAUAUGUUGAUAGGAUUGUCCGUUGCCUAUAGUUACAGAGUUAGCCGAUUGCUGAAGCAGCCAUGUUGGUGCCAUUAGGUUCCAUUUGAUGUGAGUCGCUCUAUGAAUUUUAACAAUAUUUGUGCAUAGUUAAACAUUUCAUGUGGACCGUUUUGUUCCUGUUAACUCUAAAUUGUGUGAAAUCUGAUAUACUGCAAAUAAAUAAGUCAUGUAAAAGCAA